GGCCCGCGCUGUCACAUGGCCAACUUUGUUCACUUGACACAAUUAAUGGCCAUGAGCUCGUUUUUGAUCAACUCCAACUAUGUGGACCCCAAGUUCCCACCCUGUGAAGAAUAUUCCCACAGCGAUUACCUUCCCAAUCACUCGCCGGAAUAUUACGGCAGCCAGAGGCACCGGGAGAGCUCUUUCCAGCAUGAGGCGAUGUACGAGGCGCGGGCAGCCUGCAAGGAGCAGCUCUACCCGCCGUGCCGGGGCUCGGGCCAGCCCUGCGCUCCGCCGCCGGGCCCCCCCAGCCCGCCCCCGGCCGGGCCGGGCCCCGCGGGCCCGCGCGGGGAGCCCGUGGUUUACCCCUGGAUGAAAAAAGUCCAUGUAAGCACGGUGAGCCCCGGUUUCUGCGGCGGCGAGGCGAAGCGCUCGCGCACGGCGUACACACGGCAGCAGGUGCUGGAGCUGGAGAAGGAGUUCCACUACAACCGCUACCUGACGCGGCGGCGGCGCGUGGAGAUCGCGCACGCGCUCAGCCUCAGCGAGCGCCAGAUCAAGAUCUGGUUCCAGAACCGCCGCAUGAAGUGGAAGAAGGAUCACAAACUGCCCAACACCAAGAUCAGGUCCGGCUCCUCCUCCGGCGCCCUGCAGGCCCCGCAAGGAGGAGGAUCCCAAAGGCAGAUCCCGCAGGGAGGAGCCCAAAGCCAGAUCCUACAGGGAGGAGGAGCCCAAACUCAGAUCCCGCAAGGAGGGCCCCAAAGGCAGAUCCCGCAAGGAUCCCAAAGUCAAAUCCCGCAAGGAUCCCAAAGUCAAAUCCCACAAGGAUCCCAAAGUCGAUCCCACGGACCGGCCGCCGCCCUAUAACCGCCCCGCUGGAUGCGUGUUUGGGGUGUGAACUCGUGCGAGUGCAGACAGGGAAAUGGGAUAAUUUUAAUUUCUGUCGUUUUUUUAAUGAUUGUUUGAAGCGCGGGGAAAGGCAGGGCUGCUCUUCAUUGCCCAACACCGAGACCAGGUCAGGUCCUCCUGAUCCCUGGGGAUCCCUCAGGGAGGAUCCCAAAGGCAGAUCCCACAGGGAGGAGGAGCCCAAAGCCAGAUCCUACAGGGAGGAGGAGCCCAAACUCAAAUCCCACAAGAAGGAGGAGCCAAAAUUCACAUCCCGCAAGGAGGGCCCCAAAGUCAAAUCCCGCAAGGAUCCCAAAGUCAAAUCCCACAAGGAUCCCAAAGUCGAUCCCACGGACCGGCCGCCGCCCUAUAACCGCCCCUCUGGAUGCGUGUUUGGGGUGUGAACUCGUGCGAGUGCAGACAGGGAAACGGGAUAAUUUUAAUUUCUGUCGUUUUUUUAAUGAUUGUUUGAACCGCGGGGAAAGGCGGGGCUGCUCUUCAUUGCCCAACACCGAGACCAGGUCGGGUCCUCCUGAUCCCUGGGGAUCCCUCAGGGAGGAUCCCAAAGGCAGAUCCCACAAGGAUCCCAAAGGCAGAUCCUACAGGGAGGAGGAUCCCAAAGCCAAACCCUGCAAGGGGGAUCCCAAACUCAAAUCCCACAAGGAGGAGGAUCCCAAAGGCAGAUCCCACAAGGAUCCCAAAGGCAGAUCCCUCAAGGAGGAGGAUCCCAAAGGCAGAUCCUACAGGGAGGAGGAUCCCAACCACAGAUCCUGCAGGGACCAUCCCAAACACAAAUCCCACAAGGAGGAGGAUCCCAAAUGCAGAUUCCACAGGGAAGAUCCCAAAUGCAGAUUCCACAGGGAGGAGGAUCCCAAUCACAGAUCCCUCAAGGAAGAUUCCAACCACAGAUCCUGCAGGGAGGAUCCCAAACACAAAUCCCACAAGGAGGAGGAUCUUGAAAGCAGAUCCCAAAAGGAGGAUCCCAAACUUGAUCCUACAAGGAGGAGGAUCCCAUCUGCAGAUCCCACAGGGAGGAGGAUCCCAACCACAGAUACCUCAAGGAGGAUCCCAAACGCAGAUCCCACAAGGAUCCAAAACUCAAAUCCCACAAGGAGGAGGAUCCUGAAAGCUGAUCCCAAAAGGAGGAUCCCAAACCCAGAUCCCACAAGGAUCCCAAACUCGAUCCCACGGACGGGCCGCCGCCCCAUAACCGCCCCGCUGGAUGUGUGCGCAUGUUUGGGGUGUGAACUCGUGCGAGUGCAGAGAAGGAAACACACAAUAAUUUUAAUUUUUAUCAUUUUUUACACUGACUCCAACGGCGGGGACAGACAGGGUGCUCAUUAUUUAUGGCUAAUAAGUUGAAGGUUUAUUUUUAUUUUAACUAUGGGGACAUGCGGGUGCUGUUUAUUUCCACCAAUAAUUUGAAUUUUGGUCAUUUUUACACCAAUUUUAACCUGGGGGACAGGCGGAUGCUGUUUAUUUCCACCAAUAAUUUGAAUUUUGGUCAUUUUAAUGCCAAUUUUAACCUGGGGAACAGGCGGGUGCUGUUUAUUUCCACCAAUAAUUUGAAUUUUGGUCAUUUUUACACCAAUUUGAAUGGCGAGGACAGGCGGGUGCUGUUUAUUUCCACCAAUAAUUUGAAUUUUGGUCAUUUUUACACCAAUUUGAAUGGUGAGGACAGGCGGGUGCUGUUUCUUUCCACCAAUAAUUUGAAUUUUAUCAUUUUUACGCCAAUUUUAACCAUGGGGACAUGCGGGUGCUGUUUAUUUCCACCAAUAAUUUGAAUUUUGGUCAUUUUUACACCAAUUUUAACCUGGGGGACAGGCGGGUGCUGUUUAUUUCCACCAAUAAUUUGAAUUUUGGUCAUUUUUACACCAAUUUGAAUGGCGAGGACAGGCGGGUGCUGUUUAUUUCCACCAAUAAUUUGAAUUUUGGUCAUUUUAAUGCCAAUAUUAACCUGGGGAACAGGCGGGUGCUGUUUCUUUCCACCAAUAAUUUGAAUUUUGGUCAUUUUCGCACCGAUUCCAACGGCGGGGCCGGGCUGCUUGUGGUGGGGCCAGCUGAGCACAAAGCCGGGGCAGCUCCGGGAAGAGGAGGCUGCAGAAGGAUUUUUUUUUUGGCGAUUUGGCUGAGAUGGAUCCUUGUUUCAUCUUUAAUCACGCCGAGCUCGGCCCCAUUUGUCAUGUUUACUCUCCGUACAAAGGACGGACCUUAUGUCUGCUAUUACCCCGACAGCCGCCGCGCUUUAAUAAAUGAGCCUCGGCUUCUCCCCACCAACUGCAGCUUCUCCACCACCCCUUUUUGCUUUUUUCUCCUCCUUUUUUUCUUUUUUUUCUCCUUUUUUUUCCUUUUUUUUAUCCUCCUUUUUUUCUUUUUAUUCUUCUUUUUUUUCCCCCUCCUUUUUUCCCGUUUUAUUUUUUUCUUUCCUUUAUUUUUCAUUAUUUUUCUUGGUUAAUUUUCUUUUUUUUUCCUCUUAUUUUCUCCCUUUUCCCCCCUCUUCUUAAAAAUCUUCCUUUCCAUUUUCCCCUUCUUUUUCCUUUUUUUCUUUGUUUUUCUUUGUGUUUUUUCCACUUUUUUCCUCUUUAAAAAUUUUUCUUUAUAAAUUUUCUUCCCCUUCCUUCUUCCCCUCUUCCCUUUCCCCUCUUUCUUUUUCUUUUUUUUUUAAUUUUCCCUUUUUUGUCUUUGUUUUUCUUUCUUAAUUUUCCUUUUUUUUCUAUCUUUUUUCUCCUUUUUUCCCCCCUUUUCCCCUUUUUUCUCCUUUUUUCCAUUUUCUUUAUCAAUUUCCUCCCCUCUCCUCCUUCCCCUCCUCUCUUUUUUCCCAAUCCCGAAGUUUCUGCUCCGUUGUCCCAAAGAGCUGCAAUUGGAGAGACAAAAUAAAAAAUCCAAAAAACGACCAAAACUCAACAAAAAACCCCAAAACCUCCCCCGGGGAGUUGGGAACUUCGUGAAA